CCUGCAGCAGCAGUAGCAGCAGCAAAAGAAGCAGCAGCAAAAGCAGCAGCAGCAGCAGCAGCCUCCCGGCUCCCCGCCGCCCGCCACGCACCGCGGCGGAAAGAAUAGAGAGCGCCCAGCCCGUCCCGACCCGCCCGCCCGGCGCUCCCGCAAGCAGCCGGGGGCCGGGGCGGGUCGGGUCCCCGACGAUCGGAGCCCGGCACCCGCCGCCCCUCGCCCCGCUCCUCCUCCGCGGAUGGGCGCGCUGCCGCCGCCCGGCCCCCCCCGGCCCCACCGCUCCGCCUGAAGAAACUUGGGACGGCGGCGGCCUCCGCCUCCCCGCCGCGCCCCGCCCGGGCUGCGGGCGACCCUUCCCCGCGCCUCCGCCACAACUUCGCGGGGGGACCCGCCCGCCGCAGGACUCCGUGCCGGGGCCGCCGGCCCCUCGGCGGGGACCCCCUGCCCCUGGCCUCGGUGCUGGGGAGGAGCGGGGGUGCCCUGGAUGGCCCUGCGCACUGGGACGGCUUGGUUUGGGCAGGUCCUGCGCAGAGUUUCCCGGCUUCAGGGCACCUGGUCCCGGCGCUCCAGCAGCCUCCUGUGCCUCUCUUCCUCGCAGGAGUCCGAGCAGGCGGGCGGAGAGCGGCCGCCGCCGCAGCACAAGCUGCCCCGGAGCAGCGGCAGCGGCGGCGGCGGGCGCCGCCAGCCCCCCCGGCGGCUGCUCCCCUGCUGUGGCUGCUGCGGCCUGUCGGAUCCCCGGGCGGCCAGGGGGGGACAUGGUCCCCUCACUCGCCCCUUGCUGGCGGCCAUGAAGAGGCAGAACGUGCGGACCCUGUCCCUCAUCAUCUGCACGUUCACUUACCUGCUGGUCGGGGCUGCCGUCUUUGAUGCCCUGGAGUCCGACAACGAGAUGCGGGAGGAGGAGAAACUCAAAGCCGAGGAGAUCCGGCUCAAAGGAAAGUACAACAUCACCAGCGAGGACUACCGGCAGCUGGAGUUGGUGAUCAUGCAGUCCGAGCCGCACCGAGCCGGAGUCCAGUGGAAAUUCGCCGGCUCCUUCUACUUUGCCAUCACGGUCAUCACGACCAUCGGUUACGGACAUGCUGCCCCAGGGACGGACGCGGGGAAGGCCUUUUGCAUGUUCUACGCGGUCCUGGGGAUCCCACUGACACUCGUCAUGUUCCAGAGCCUGGGCGAGCGCAUGAACACCUUCGUCAAGUACCUCUUGAAACGCAUCAAAAAGUGCUGCGGGAUGAGGAGCACCGAGGUCUCCAUGGAAAACAUGGUCACUGUGGGUUUCUUCUCCUGCAUGGGGACACUCUGCAUUGGAGCAGCAGCCUUUUCCCAGUACGAGGAAUGGAGCUUUUUCCAUGCUUACUAUUACUGCUUUAUAACAUUGACUACGAUAGGGUUUGGAGACUAUGUGGCCCUGCAGACCAAAGGGGCCCUUCAAAAGAAGCCUCUCUACGUGGCUUUUAGCUUUAUGUACAUUCUAGUGGGGUUGACAGUCAUUGGGGCAUUUCUAAAUCUGGUUGUUCUCAGGUUCUUGACCAUGAACAGUGAGGAUGAGAGGCGGGAUGCUGAGGAACGGGCGUCCCUGGCAGGGAACCGCAACAGCAUGAUUAUCCACAUCCAAGAGGACUCCCAGCAUGGUCGGCCACGGUACAAGGCCGAAGUAACAGACCUUCAGUCAGUUUGUUCCUGCAUGUGUUACAGGUCCCACGAGUACACCAGCCGGGUGGUGUCCCACCAAAAUUCUUUCAGCUCAAAGCUGAACCCCCAGUACUUUCACUCCAUCUCUUACAAGAUAGAGGAGAUCUCGCCAAGCACAUUAAAAAACAGCCUUUUCCCAUCUCCUGUCAGCUCCAUCUCACCUGGGUUGCACAGCUUUACAGAUAACCACAGGCUGAUGAAACGGCGAAAGUCCAUUUAAAGGGAUUUGUCUUCUUUUGCUUUCCUUGUUUUCCCCAGUUCUUCUCUGUUGUUUCGGGUUUUUUUGUUCCUUGAGUGAGGCAGAGUGAGGCCAAAGGGAGUAGAGCAAGCCAGUCCUCCUCUGAGACUCAGCUCUUGAGCAUGAAGCAUGGAUUAUUACUGUUCCAGCAAAGUAUGCCUUACAUUACCCCCUCGGUGGAUGUCAGAGGAUUCAAGGUGACGUGAAGUGGGUACCAAAUCCAAAGUUGCACACACAGCUGGGAGCCUUCAUGUGCCACUGGCACUCCUGACCUAACAAACUUUUUUUCCUCACGAGCAGGUUGCAGCGUGGGUGUGUGCUUUGUGUGUGUGUCGGGUGUGCGUGCGCGUGUGUGUGCGUGUGCAAUUCCACGACUAGUGCCAUGUGACAAAAAAUUAAAGCAUCAGGUAUUAUUUUUUUUUUUUUUUGCCCUUGAAGCAAUUGUGUUCCAGCCUGCUUUUUAGAUUGCUUCCAAAAGGUAUUGGGGAGGGCGGGAGGGGAACCAAUUUGGUUUGGGGAUUUUUUUUUUUGCCAAGACAAGCAUGCGCCAUAAGCAGUCAAUAUACCAGGUGUAUCAUGAUAAAUUUUUUAAUGCUAGAUUUUAGAUUGUAUUAACAUUUAAAAAAGGCAGGAAAAGAUGGAUCAUUUUAGCUUGCCAGUUCAAAAUUUAAAAAAAAAAAAAUAAAGCAUGCACUUUGUAAAACUGGUAUGCAUAAUAAAAAACACAAGAAAAACUAGCAAUGGAAUUAAUAAUCAAAAGCAAAUAAUCCUAUUGAUUUAACUAUAUUUAAUUUUAUAAUUUUCAACUGUUCCAACAAUUUGCAAGUGGAAUUUUUAAGAUAAAUUGGGAGAAUUGUUGGAACAAAAGAGUGUAUUUUAUUUUUAUUUUAUUUAUAAAUUAUUAUUAUUAUUAUUAUUAUUAUUAUUAUUAUUAUUAUUAUUAUUAUUAUUAUUAUUAUUUUGUGCAGCAAUUACCUGCAUGAAUAGGAAUUAUAUUUUUUUGGAAUGCUUGGUUAAGAUGGGUAUAAAUAGGAGGAUGUAUAUUUUUUCUUAUAUAAUAGUGACAGGGCAUUCCUUGUUUUAAAUAAAAACUAAAGAUGAUUGUCUCUAAAUGCUUUUGAUUUGUAAAUAAUGGAAAGCCUUUGUUGGUCUCAGGAAGAAUUCAAGGGACAGUAUCUUGUGUUUGGCUCACUGGGAACUUGUGAGAUUAGAUGUGAUAUUGCUUUUUUUGCUAGGCAAAGGCAAAAUGCAUUUAGCAGCAAUGGGCAAAAAUAGCUUUACUCCAGUGUUUGGAGGGCAGCAGUGGGAGUGGUUGCCUUGGCAAGUUGUGGUGGAGGAUGUUGAGACCACGUUGUAGAGCUGUUCCUUGGACAUUGUCCAUCUCUCAGUUGUUCAUCUGGACCAAACAGACUUUACAGAACUGAAUUAGAGGCCUAAUCCAGCUCCCCUUUAAGACAAUAGGAAUUUGCAAUGAUUACAUGGGAUUUAGUGCUUUUGGAGAUUUAUCUUUGAUUUUACAAGUGCAGGACUGGGAGUUUUAUAAACUUGCACCUUUGUCUCUGAUCUAAUUCUAUCUUUUGAAUUGCUUUCUGUGUUAAUUUGCCAUACAAACCCCAUCUCUUUUUGGCACUAAUCACCUCCUGCUGAUUCUACCAUUUUGUGCUCUCAGUGUAAAAGCAAUAAUCCUUUUUUUUACCCUUAAAACUAGAUGGUGUGUGCACAGCUCUGAGCUCUGUGUGCUGAUGGAUGUUGAUAUCCUUUCAAAGAGGUGUCUAUAAAGAGCAUUAAUAGAGAGAAAUAAGGAAUGUCAUUCCUCCUCUGUUCUCUUCUACUUGGCUUUAAAUUAUUAACUAUCAAAUAUGUUCAUGUUCUCCACGUCUGCCUUUCAACAAGUAAAUGAAAAGCAAGUUAUCCAUGACUUUGACUCCCCUAUGUAGCUUCUUUUGGGCUUAGAAAUUGAUGUGACAUGAAAUCCUCCAUUAAGGUUAGUGAAGAAACAACUUAGGAUUCUUAAUGAGGAUGGAUGAGGAUGGACUUUCUCAGAGUAAUGUGUGGGGCCUGCUGGGGGCAUUAAUACUGUGCUGCCAGUACCAUCUCCUAAGGCAAAUGCUGAUGGCAAAAGGUAAACAUACCUAAAAAAGCAGUUUCAGGAUGUGUUAAACCCCCUCUAGUGUUUGCCACCUAGAAGUUCGUUCCUGUGAGAGCAGCCCGUGGGGUUCACAGUGCUCUCCCAAUUCACUUGCUUCAUCUUUGCCUGUGUCAUCCCUGAAGUGCAAAUAAAUGCAGAUCUCUUUUGCUACUGUGGAUAUAAGAAAACAUAUGCCUGGAAUUUACACAUCUAUAUCAUGUGUCAGGUGGAAUUCUGUCUGCCUGGCAAAGGAGAUUUUUUGUAACAGGACUUUUAAUAAAAACUUUAAACAGAAAAAGCAGUCUCAUCUUAUAAAACAUUGGUUAACCUUUUUUUCUCUUUUCCUUUAAGAAGAAAUUACUAUUUCUACUGCAUAUAAAAACAAUCUUUAAAUGUCCUGUAAAUCAUGUUGAACUGGAGAAGUUCAAAACUCCACAUACACUAUUUGAUUUGUUACUAAAUCUUCCCCCUAGAACCACAUAUAAAAAGUAAUUCUAAUACAUGAGAUAUUUAACCAGGGGAGAAACUUACCUCAGCAUGUCAUGGGUUAUCUGUCACUUAGAGUCUUUGCAUUAAAACUCAGUGGCUUUAUACUAGCUCUGCUUUAGCUUAGUUGAAGUUUAUAGAAGUAGUUGAAGAAAUCUGAGUAUGUUGCUAUGAAGAAGCCAGAGUAGAUGUCCAUAGCCAUACUUUUAAGUCUAAAAGCUAUGAGUGUGUAUGGGGAAAAGUGUUUUGCUUGAAUGUAUCUGCAUUCCUUGGGAUUUUCAAAUGGUUUUUUACUUUUAUUUUCUAACUGAAGAGCCCACAGUUCUGUCCAAUCUAUGUUUUUGUUACACAUGGGAUUUUGAAGUGGUAUAGAAACUCUUUCCUUUGCAAGGAGAUGCCUUCAGGACUUUGCUUUGUGAGCAGCCAGAGGCACAAGAACUCGGUAGACAUCACACUGUAGACAUCAGUACAGCAGGCAAAAUAUGCCUCUCUCUUUAGUCAUUUUCAUGGUUCUUGACUGAUGUGUGAAUACUGACGUGGGCUGUCUGGAACUGGAACAGACAUUAUCAUGAAAGGGAAGCUUUUGUCCCAGGUUAAUCCCAGCUUUUCAGUUAGACAUGAAAAGUCAGUCAGUGAAAGGUGAGCUGGCUUUUGUCAAUUCCAUCUGUGACUUCUUGUUGCCCUGUAUGAACAAGUUUUCUUCCCACAGCACUGCUUUUCACAGAAUAUUUUCUCUAGUACAUGAUUUGUUUUAUUCCAUUUAAGACAUUAUUUCUUUCAGAACAACUUCUCUUGCUCGCUACUCACUCUUUUGAAAUUAAGCUAGAAGCAGGUAGUAGUGGUGCUGCUUAUGACUAGACAUCCUAAUGUCUGCUAUCACUUUGUGAUGCACUCUCAUUCCCCAGAGUCUCAUUUCCCCUACACUUCCCUAUUAUUAAGCAUUAGAAAUAAUAAUAAUAAAUCAGAUUAGUCUAUUUAUGUCACACUAAUGUGCUCUUCAUCAAAACAACACAAAUUUAGCUCCCUGCUGUCGACUUUGAUUAUAUAACAACCCUAUUAUCCUAUCAUAUUUCAUAUUAUCAUCAAAGGAAAAAAUCAUUUUGAUCAGUGAAGCACCAAAAUAGCUUUGACUGAGCAUGCUGUGAUAUGAGAAGGAAAGAGGAAACUUAACAGAACAAUGCAGGCACAAGUCUCCACUUGGUCUUCGUUACUGUGUGAGGGAGAUCCUGACUGUUCUAACUGGCACUGCUUUGCCAGAACUUUGUACAUGUGUCUGCUUUACAGGGAUGACUGUAACGGGACAGCUAAGAAAGUGUGUGUGGAUGUUACUUCAAGAGUCCAAAAUAGCUUCUAGGUAAUGAAUGGAGAAGUGUCCAGUGACCUUCAGAAACAGCCUUCUGUUUGAACUCCUCUGUAAUGGAUCAUUAGGACAAAGUAGACAUUAUAAAAAAAAGGGAAAAAAAAAGAAAAAGAAAAGAGGGAAGUAACCAAGGUAAUCUACUGUAUUAUACAUUUUCUCAUUAGUUUCCUAGUGGUUUGAUCAGUGAAAUGCCAGGGCAAUAAUCAAUGUUAUUGUGAAUCAGACUAAACAAAGUAAUUCCUUGUUUUCUCUGACAGAUUUGAAAGUUUUUACCACAGGAAAAAAAAAAAAAAAAGAAGCUUGCUUUGUUGCUGAAAGCUUAAAAAAAAAGAGCAGUCAGUGGAACCAAGGUGGAGAAUGAAAAUGUUCCAGAGCUAUUUGGUGUGUACAGACCAGAGGGCAAGGGCUUGGGUGGAAGUAGCUUUUAGCUGAAGUUUAUGUCCUCAUUUAAGUUUAUGUAAUAUUCCUGUUCAUAUUAGGAUCUAAUUAAGACAGUCAUUGAAAAUCUUUAUGAGGAAGCCAGAUGAGAGAGAUGUGUUGGAGUGUGUCCAUUACACUAAUGUUAUGGACUUUUUCAUGCAUAUUUCAGCAAGACACUAUUGCUGACUGGAGUACUGCACAAAUUACAACGAGAAUCACACCACUGCUACUUCCAUCAGCCAGAGAUAUGUAGCACUCACAGAACUGAAAAAGGAAAUAUUGCCUUUCUGACCAGUCUGCCUGUCAUCUAACUCUGAUAUAGAACUUUAUUUUGGGAACUUCAGCAAGAUAAAGCAUUUGAAAAGGAUUAGUCAUCAUAACUAUACACCAAAACUGAAACAAAUGGAAUAAUGACACUGGACACAGAGAAACUGAUUACAGAUGGCAGGUGCCCUGGGACUCUUAUACUAGUUAAACUGAGCUCAGAAGAUGAAUUAAGACCCUGAAAAACUGAUGGAGCCCUUUGCCAAAAUGCAGUUUUCAGUUAUUUAAGAUGCAUUUAAUGAAUACGGCAAAGGAACAUUCACAAAAAAAAAAAAAAAAAAAGUAAUAGGAAGGUAAAAAGAAAAUUGGGAAAAAAGAAAUUGUUCUCAACAGCAGAAGUAGUUUUUUUUAUUUCCAUUUGAAACUAUUGUGAGGUGAUGCUGAAGAACUGUUACGCUUUCAUGUGUGUAGAAUCAGCCUGGGAGAUUGACUGUCCCCUUCUCAGUCCAGGAUGACACACAGUGUUCCACUGACUGCUGCUGAUAAGGAGAUUCAUGGAGCUCCUGAUUCUCCAAUCAGGUUUUUGCUGCCAUCUCCAUCAAAACCAAGAUUUUAUUCAGCCAGCCCCUCCUGAGCAGUGCUGGUCCCUUGGAUGUGUUGUGCUAAUGAUGCUAUUUCCUCCUCCUGGUGCUCCCAAGUGCAAGAGCUCAGUAGGACAUAAGCAAACUCUUUCCUUAUCUAAAGCCUGCUGUGGCAGGGCCUUCCUCUGAAGCCAAAUGAUUUGGUGCAAUGCAGUGAGUCCUGAUUUGUGCCCUUUUACUGAAACUGAAAAAGUCUCUAUUUACUGUUAGAUACCAUGAAAUUGUCUCCAACUACUGCUCACCAUGUUUGCUAAACCUAAGGGAGAGCAAUAAGACCUAAAAACAACAGUAAACCUGUAUGAUUUAUGCAGCUGUAUUUUGUGUUAUGGAAUCCAGUCAUUCAAAGCUGCCUGCUAAUUUUAGGCUGGAAAUACUAUCCCUGGAGCCUUCAGCCUUCAUUUGUCUCUCCUUCUGUGAAUAUUGUAAUUAAUAAAUAUCCCAAAGCUCUCCUUCACCUUGCUUUCUGACAGUGUAAGGAGUGCUGCCAUGCAUUAACACCCACAACAGACUAGGAACAAAAAGGGGGUGGCGGGGGAAAGAUUAAUACUUCAAUUUUAUUGGUAAUUAAUAUUCACAGUUCCAAGAUGUGUUGUCUUUCAGUUCACUUUGAGAAAUGUAGAGCAAACAACAGGAUGAUAACAUUUAUCACAGCUGGUGAAUUCACAAGUGGAGCUGGCAAAUAUAAUAAUUGAAACUAUGCUCUGUAAUGCAUCUUCUUCAUGCAUGAGUUCUGAUACCACUAGCCUGGCUUUGAUUCAUUGUUUAUCUGGUCUGUGGAACAGCUUGCAGUAAUUGCUGUAUCCAGAGCGCUAUACUUGGGGCUAGAAGAGAGAUCCAUUUCACAGACAGCCACCCUCUGGCUUUCUCCAUAUUCCCUCCCUGCUUUCCACCCAGACAUUAACUCAUUAGCUUGGCAUUUCAUGGAUGUGUGUUCAGACCCCCAAAUCACCACAUGCUGUACUCUCCCCCCUCUUCUAUUAGGGAAAAGCAUUAUGCUACAGAACUACACCCUGCGGAAGGAAAUAUUCCACUCUAAUUACUUCUGACAAAAGAAAUCUACAGAUUGAUUAAAAACAAUAUGUGGGGAAUUAAAUAGGAAAUGCAACGUGCAUAAACCUGCAUAGGUUAGAUCCACUUCUUCCCUAACUGGAAUGCAACACAUUAGGCUGCGAGGAGAACUUUGGAGUGUGUUUGUUUGGGAGAAGGCCAUCGGGAGAAUGGCCAGGAAGAGUCACAGUGGUUUGGCUCAUUGUCUGUAAAUCAUUUUAGGUCUGUGGUGAGGUUUCAGAUUAAGGAAGAGCCAUGGCCUUCUGGGCUUAGUCUAUUUUCUAGUUGUCUGCCAGCAUUCUCGUAAGCAGGAAUGGCAGGAGGUGUGGGAAGGAUGGGACAGGGUUGGUUCAUGGUGGAGUGGAUUGUUUUUGGUAAGACUACCUUACCAGUGUUGGUGUCAAAGAGGAAGUAGGGAAAAUUGUGUCUUCUAGAGCAUCUUCCCUCUCCUAUUCCAUGGAAGAGAGCAAUUACAUCAACCCUCCUAUUGCCUGCAGCAAAUCUGAAAUACCUGAACUGUGGUAUCCUUGCCCAACUUCAGUAGUAUCUCCCCAGAAUGUGUGGGAAAUGUUAAGCCAUAGGAAUGCUUGGGAUAUGUUAAGCUUCUCCAGCUGGGUUCAGGAGGCCGCCAUAUAGCAAAGAAACCUCUUUGUAUUGGCUGUGUUUGGACAGUUUCUACAUGUCAAAAUAUCACCAAAACUGACCUUUAGAGAAAUAACAUUAAUUCAUUAUUGCUGGCUCUCCCUAGAGAGUGGCUAUGCAGCUCCUUAAUCAUAAUUAUUGUUCAGAGGAUAAUUAAUCUGAUAACGGUAUUUAAUUAGAUUAUCUGAAGUAGACUGUGUAAGUGAUUUUGGCCUCCCAAAUGAAGCUGCAACUCUACAAAAUGAUUUCCAAAAGGCCUAUUUGGUAAUAUCACUGCUGACACGGGGGUCAUGUCUCAGCUGUCCUACUGACAAGCAUCAUCUUGGCAUGUUGACUGGAGCUGGUGCUGGGAGUAUCCAGAAAGGGAUUUUAGCUCAGAUCCAGUAUAUACAGUGAGGCUCUUAAUUCUCCCUGAGCUAAAUAGGUGCUUAAAUGCCUUUCUGAAGUUUGGGUCUGAUUUUGUCUUACCUAUAGAGUAAAGAACUGGUGUUGUGUCUUAGAUAAACUGAUGCAGAUGGAUGUGGAAGGGGCUGUAUUUCAGGACGGAGCAUGGUUCUAGUUCCUAUUUAGUGCAAUAGUUGAAGUGUCUCAGCUAUGCUGUCUGGAACAGAUGAUGAUUCUAGGAGGAAGGUUGCUGAACACAUGUUCAAAUAUGUCUAGACCACAUGGGGAAUGAGCAAGAUACAGCUGAGCUUUUGUGUCACAAGCUGGAUUGAUGAGGACAUUGAUGCUAUGGCACAUCCUUCUCCCAGACCCUUUCUGAGGUUAAAAAGGUUAAAAGAGGCAGAGCAAAAGGUUGGAUUUCUUCCUGGCCUGGAGUUGAUAGUGAUGGUGAUGGAGGGCAGCACCUUCAGGUCGAACUGUAACUGUUGCUUCUAAUGUUUCCUUUGAGGUAUCUACCACAUUUAUCUCACCUCUCUGAUUUGAAGCUCUUCUUCUCAGAACCCCUUCUGAACAGUGAUGUGGUGAUUUGAAGUUUCUUGUUCAGCAUGUAGCAGUGGGGACAUCUCCUUUUCUUUGUUAUGCAGGUCAUCCAAAUGGACCUGGGGGGCAGCUCACAGCUCUUUGUGACUGAGGCUUCCAAAACCUUACCAAAUUCUUCUGAUUGCUCUAGCUGCUGUCUUCCAAAAGAUUGGCCAAGUGGAGCAAAAGAUAUAUAUAUGAGAUCCUUUUAGCAAUGCAGUUAGCUGGGUUUUUUAUCUUCACUUUACAUUCCUUAAAGUUCCUCAGCAUUUAAGCUCCAGUUGCUCUAUGGUGACUUAUAUUUCAUGUGACUUCUCUUUUCUUUGAAAAACUCAUUACUGUCACAUAUGUUUUUCAGGAAAGAUGGGUGUCAUAUUGCUCCUUUUUAGCAUAUCUUCUCAACUCCCAGCAUGGAGAGACACUGCAGUCAGAAGCAGCAGUAGGAAGUUCCUCUUGAUCAUUGAUACAGUGCCCUUUUUACUCCCUUGGGAAGAUUAGUAGAGCAGUCUGCUAUGUUCAUCACUGACCAACACAACUGAUAUUCUCAACACAACUUAAUGAUCUUCUCAUGGCCAUUUACCUCCUUUUCAACAGUUCAGCUACAUUCACAUUGUGGCAUAUACUUUCUGUAUAAAUUCUUAGGGCAGGAAUAUUAUUCAGAUGUUGGAGGAGAUGUGUAAUACACAUAUAACAAGAGAGGGAUCUCAGUGUCCAGGUUGCAAGAGGUUUAAGACUCUGUUAAUCUAACAGUUGGCUUUAUUAAGUAAUUUCUUGGGUACCACUUGGAGCAAUGCUCUUUUGGACUUCAACAAAUUUUGUUCAUCCACACAAAGUUAGUUUUGGUGUAAGUACUGUUGGGUUAAUUUUGUCUGAAAAAAGGUAAAAGAGUCCUGUCUACUACUAACAUUUUGACAACUAAGAAAUAAGCAGAAAUUAUGAGGCAAUGAAUCAUUCUUUAGAAUGCAAACCUGAUCUGUCUUUCUUUUACAAAAUGUAAAUUUCCUAUAGGAUGCUAUACAACCAAUAAUCCAUCUGUUCUUUUAUUUGCAAGGUCAGGAGUGAACUGUGGAAGAAAAAAAAAUGUUUUAUUUUUCCUCUUCCCUUGACUUGUUAAGAUUUGUGUGGCUGUUUGUUGCCAUUGAGGAGUAUUGACUAAAACUUUUGAUCCUGGUGAUAUGAAGGCAAAGGAGAUGAUUUGGAGCUGGAUAGGUCAAUGGGGAAUGGGAGGGGGGCUUAACAGUUGUUUCCAGUAGGCCAAAAGAAUGUGGAUACUGUCUCUUCAAGGUGCAAUUACUUACUUCAACAAACUGUUCAUCUACGAGAAACAGGGAUAAAAGUGUUCAAUUUGGGACCUAAGGAGUUUAUAUGGAAAUUCUUGGAUUUCUUCCAAACACACAUACAUGUUGAAAUUAAAUUGUGAAUCCUACUUUGGAGACUGAGCCUUCCUGCUCAGACAGAAGCGUGUGUGUAUGUGUGUGUUUGUGAGUGUGUGUUGAUGCUAUGUCUCUUUUGGAUCUCUUGACACUUUUUGGUGCAUUUUUGUACUUCUUUGAAUGUGCAUAUGCGGACUUACCGACGGUGUAUUGACGGCAUUCUAAAGGCCCUCAACAGCCUGAGAUAGAGCAAAACUCUCUAAAUUUCUACCCUGGUUGAUACAUUUUCUGUGCAGCACACAGAGCCUUAGGAGCAUGGUCACCUAGAAAGAGGAGCUGCUUGGCUGUGGAGACUGCACUGGGAAUUUACCUCCUGGAAACUGUUUUCUCUGCUCAUUUCAGACCUCUAACUUCAACAUAGUUGUUGAGCUGGUCCUAGCAAAGGAGAAAGAGCAGGUCAUAAGUAUCAAGAUGUGAUUUAUUAAACCAGUGAUAACUUGAUUACAAAGAACCAAAUUAAAGACUCUUUUGUGUUUUCAUUUCUUUUUCUGGCCUUCUCCGAUAUGGGAGAGGAUGCCUUCACAUAUGGCCUUAGAAUGCCGUACUGGAGUCAGAAUGCAACAAGAGUCAAAUGAAAAUAAGAUGUAUUGCAGCUUACUUAAAGAAUGAAAACUGUAUCACACAAAUGUUUACAAGUCCAAGUAGACAGCGAACCCCUGUACAAUAUGUAAUUUAUGCAAGGGAUUGCAUCUUUCUUUUGUAAUGAAUGCACUACGCAACCCUGUAUAUAUUUUACAAUGUCUUUACAGAGAAAAAAAAAAAAAGAA